AUGUCCGAGGAGGUACAACAACAAAUCCGACAGACAACCGUUCCGGCGAUCACACGGAAUAGAAAAAUGCAACUGAUUUCGAAACAAGAACAGGAGGCACUCACAAAUAUACGAAAGGAUGAAACAAUCGUAAUACUACCGGCGGACAAAGGAAGCAUCACGGUGAUAAUAGACACGCCGAAUUGCACUGAAAAGGCCAAGCAAAUGCUAAAUGACAACACGACCUACAAACCAAUCGAUCAUGAUCCAACUUCACACAUCAUCAAUCGAUCAAGAGACUGCAAGCAACACACGAGACAACCAGGCAGGAACGAUGGAAAAACGCGGCAGUGCUACCGCAUUUCCACCGGAGAGGAAGAAUUACAGGAAGCCCGCUCGUCGAUGACAAUCAAUGAGGACGCAUUUCCCAGUGCCAAAGCUCACGUGUGCGGCCGCUACAAAGAGACUGGGCCCAAUCGCGAACCGGUGAUGGACGCUCACCAGCCGCACACUGAGAACAGACAUUGCUGUGUCGCAGAUGAUGCGGAAAUCCCGAAAGACUUGGGAGCGCCCGCCUUAACCACUCUCGGGUAUCAAUCUACCGGUUUUCAUGAAGUUCGCGCGGUUAUUUCGGAUUGCCCUGAGUUCAUCGGUCACGUUUCUAAGAAAUCCCAGGGCCUGGAGUGUAUCUAUUGGCUGGUGUUCGUUGAAUCGCACGUGGUAUCUAUUGGCUGGUGUUCGUUGAAUCGCACG